ACUUUCCAAAAACCCGUGAACGCCGCUGACAGACGUCCCCACCACCACCACCAGCGCCCCUCCAGGCUCACCGUGCGGAUCUGCCUCCGCAAAAGAUAAAUGAAGAAGCUCCAAAGCUUGGCGGCGAAGGCCACGAACGGGGCGGGACAGCGGGCCGUGACGCUAUCAGAGGGCGUCGGAGAAGGAACCAGACGCCAGUAGGAGAUGUUGGAGUCGCUGUUGGCUGUUGGCGGCCUGUUGCUGCUUCGGGACUCUGUGCAGUGGGAGGGGCGUAGUCUCUUGAAGGCACUUAUCAAGAAAUCUGUAUUGUGUGGGGAGCAGGUCCACAUCCUGGGGUGUGAAGUGAGCGAGGAAGAGUUUCGUGAAGGUUUUGACGCCAGUAUCAACAGCCAGCUGGUUUACUAUGACCUCUACAGAGACCCCCUCAACUGGUCAAAGACUGGGGAAGCCUUUCCUGAGGGGCCCCUGGGAGUCUUGAGAGCCAUGUGCAGGAAGACAGAUCCUCGUCCUGUCACCGUUGCUCUUGAUUCACUUAGCUGGCUGCUGCUUCACCUUCCCUGCACCACACUCUGCCAGACACUGCAUGCUCUAAACCGUCAGGACUCAAGCCCUGGUGACAGCUUCCCAGUAGAGCAGGUACGUGUGCUAGGCCUGCUACAUGAAGAGCUUCAUGGCCCAGGCCCCGUGGGAGCAUUGAGCAGCCUUGCUCAGACAGAGGUGACUCUGAGCGGUACAGCGGGCCAGGCCUCAGCUCACAUCCUCUAUCGGAGGCCCCAACAGCACCCAACCCAUAAGACUCAGUGGUUCUCCAUUCUGCCUGACUUCAGUCUGGAUCUCCAAGGAGGUCCUCCUCUAGCUUCCCAGCCCCACCCACAUCCUCACACACUCCAGGUGGAUCCCACAACUCAUUUGACCUUUAACCUUCACCUGUCCAAAAAAGAGAAAGAAGCCAAAGAUAGCCUGACCCUGCCAUUCCAGUUCAGCUCUGAAAAACAGCAGGCUCUGCUGUGUCCUGGUUUGGGCCAGGCUACCAGCUACAUCUUUUACGAACCAGAUGUUUAUGAUGACCUGGACCAAGAGGACCCAGAUGAUGACCUAGAUAUUUGACUAGCCAUUAAAUUUAACUAGACUGUGUUUGGAGGGUUGUGGGGAGACCUUGGAUCCAUAACCAUCUUUCUAUUGUUCCCAUUGACCUAGCCCUGUCUCUGCCCCAUUUUUGUUCCCAUUGUCUGUGGAGGCCCUGCCCUAUGACCCAUGAGCCAGGGAGUAUCACCUAAUCAGGACAAAAAUGAGAUGGGGGUGAAGGGGAAGGUGAGAGACUGGGAAACACCUCCCCUAAGCCUAAUAAAGUAUUUUUUAUUAAAAAAGAAA